GUGUUUCGUAAGUUCUGUUCGUUUCAUUCGUUGUUUGCUCUUCGUUCAUUGUUGUUCGUCACGGGACAUAGUCACUCCGUUCUUCUAGUCCCGAAUCCGUACUCUUCACUCGUCAUAUUCUCGUCUCUAACGGACAUUUGCAUAAAAUAAAGACGAAUUGUAUAUUUUGUAACAUCAUCUCAUUCACCGUUUACAGUAAACAAUAAACAUGCGUGAAUGUAUCUCUGUGCACGUUGGCCAAGCAGGAGUUCAAAUUGGUAAUGCUUGCUGGGAACUAUAUUGCUUAGAACAUGGCAUUCAACCUGAUGGUCAAAUGCCAUCUGAUAAAGCCAAUGGCGAUGACAGUUUCAAUACGUUUUUUAGUGAGACUGGUUAUGGUAAACAUGUUCCAAGAGCUGUAUUUGUUGAUUUGGAACCCACCGUAGUUGAUGAAGUACGAACAGGCACGUAUAAACAACUUUUUCAUCCUGAACAAUUGAUAACGGGUAAAGAAGAUGCAGCUAACAAUUAUGCUCGUGGUCAUUAUACAAUUGGCAAGGAAAUUGUUGAUGUUGUGCUUGAUCGUAUUCGAAAGCUUGCCGACCAAUGUACUGGUCUCCAAGGAUUUUUAAUAUUUCAUUCAUUUGGAGGAGGGACUGGUUCUGGUUUUGCAUCAUUACUCAUGGAACGUUUAAGUGUUGAUUAUGGCAAAAAGAGUAAACUUGAAUUUGCCAUUUAUCCUGCACCACAAGUAUCCACAGCAGUAGUAGAACCAUACAAUUCAAUUUUAACUACUCAUACAACUCUUGAACAUUCUGAUUGUGCUUUCAUGGUGGAUAAUGAAGCAAUUUAUGAUAUUUGUCGUAGGAACUUGGAUAUCGAACGCCCUUCUUACACCAAUUUGAAUCGUCUCAUUGGACAAAUAGUAUCAUCUAUCACAGCUUCACUACGAUUUGAUGGUGCCUUAAAUGUUGAUUUAACGGAAUUCCAAACUAACUUAGUGCCAUAUCCAAGAAUACAUUUUCCUUUAGUUACUUACGCACCGGUCAUAUCAGCUGAAAAAGCAUAUCAUGAGCAAUUGUCCGUUGGUGAAAUUACUAAUGCUUGUUUCGAACCUGCCAAUCAGAUGGUUAAAUGUGAUCCUCGUCAUGGAAAAUAUAUGGCUUGUUGUAUGCUGUACAGAGGUGAUGUAGUGCCAAAAGAUGUGAAUGCUGCGAUUGCUGCGAUAAAAACAAAACGUUCAAUACAAUUUGUGGACUGGUGUCCAACUGGAUUUAAAGUAGGCAUUAAUUAUCAACCACCAACAGUAGUACCAGGAGGUGAUUUAGCUAAAGUACAGCGGGCUGUUUGUAUGUUGUCUAAUACUACAGCUAUUGCUGAAGCAUGGGCUCGUUUGGAUCAUAAGUUUGAUUUGAUGUAUGCUAAAAGGGCCUUUGUUCAUUGGUAUGUUGGUGAAGGGAUGGAAGAAGGAGAAUUUUCAGAAGCUAGAGAAGAUUUAGCAGCUUUAGAAAAAGAUUACGAAGAAGUGGGUUUAGAUUCGGUUGAAGGCCAAUUUGAUGAAGGAGGUGAAGAUUUUUAAAUCUAAAGAAGAGAACUGUUUUAUUAUACUGCUUGUGAAUAAUAACUGUAUUAACUAUUAUUACUUAAUAUAUAAUAUAUGGAAUUAAAUUCUAUUAAGCAAUAAUAUUGUCAAUACAAAUAAAUGUAAUAAAUUAUUUGGUAAAAAACUAGCACAAUGGAAAUGUUUAAAUAAUACAUAGGUUGUUUUUUAUUUUUCUAUUAUUCAUAAAAUACAUUUAAAGAGCGUUAUUUUAAUUUAAAUGAUACUUACAGUUUUUUAUUUAGAUUGUUUUAACAUUGUGUAAUUAAUAAAUAAAAUCCAAUGUAAUUUAUUAAAUAUUAUAUGUUUUAUACAUUUUCAUCUUA